UUUCUCCUCCGUCCCUCUCCGAGCUCACAUGCACUGCACUCGGAGAGCACCUGGCAGCGGGCCAACCGGGUCGGUCAUUGACCCUCGCCGGGCCACUACUGACACAGAGACAGCGCUGGCAGCAGGGGCGCCGCCAGCGCUGCGGCCUUGGGGGGCGACCGAGCUGCGCGCGGCCCAGCCGCCACGGCCGCCGUCAGGAGCCGCCCCCGGGCGCGGCGCUGAGGCCGGGAACAGGCCAGGUACCGCCCGUGUAUAUAAAGGCACAGCCCGGCCGCGCAGCGGUAAUCGUGGCGCGGGUAGCGGCAAUUGUGGCGCGAGUAGCGCGUCCACUGACGGCGCACGGUUCGGUGACCCUCGGCUGACCUGACCUGACCUGCUGGCCACGAUCUAAACUGUGGGUGACCUGCCACUCUAGUCUGACGUCACAGAGCAGAACUCGAGCGGCUGUCAGUUCCUCUGCGGUCUCCUGUGCCAGCACCGCCCCCUUUCGCCCCGCCGCCGCCCCUCUGCUGUAGAUCCGCGCAGCGUUUAGUCUAUCCCAGGGGACCGGCGAGAUGGGUACAGAGACGGCCUCCGGUCCUACGGCCGAGCAGGCCGGUCACGCCGCCAACCUGGAGCCGGGGGAGGCGCCCGGGUCACGGCCGCUGCCCUGUCUGAGCAACGGUGGCUCCAAGCCAGAUCCUACGCCCCCGCAGGGAACUCCCGGCCACCCGGCGGGCUCUGAAGAGGGCCCAGAGGCGGCCGCGGCCGAACCGGUGGCGUUUCCAUACAAACUGCGGCCUCUGGACCCGGUAACUCAGCGACGAGUGAUCGCAGACUUCCCUGCCCUGCCGCAUGGUCUGCAGAGUGUACUCGACUGGGACUUCAAGGUGGCCGGCACGGCUACGGCGGCCGAUUUCGCGGCGCACCUGAACCAGCCGCUGCGCCGGGGCGAUGUGUGGGUGUGCUCGCCACCCAAGUGCGGCUCGAUGUGGACCCAGGAGCUGGUGUGGCUGCUGGAGAACCAGCUGGACUUUGACGGCUGUCGCGCGAUGCUCACCGACCGCUGGAGGUUCGGUGAGUCGCGCUUCGCUGCGGACCUGGAGGAGCGAGCGCGCAUUGCCGCGGCGCGUCCGGCGACUGCACCGGUGCCGGACCCGACCGCCGCGCGCAGCCGCUUCGUCAAGUCGCACCUACCGCUGUCGCUUUCACCGCCGCGGCUCCUCGACACGUGUAAGGUGGUCUACCUGGCGCGCAACCCCAAAGACAUCUGCGUCAGCUUCUUCAACCACGCUCGCCGCUACAAGACGGUCAACUUCGGCGGUAGCCUGGAGACGUUCGCCGAACACUUCCUGGCCGGAACGGUGGUGAUGACGCCGGUGGUUCCGCACAUGCUGGAGGCUUGGCGUCUGCGACAUCACCCCAACCUCUGCUUUAUCUUCUACGAGGAUAUGAAGCGCGACCUGCGCGGCCAGAUCCGCCGACUGGCGGCCUUCCUCGACAGGCCGUGCUCCGAGUCGGACGUGGAGCGUCUAGCCGAGUACCUCCACAUCGACAACUUCAGGAAGAACCCGUGGCGCUCGGAGGACUUUGGCAAGCAGGCCGGGAUGGUGAACGAGGGCGCGGGCGAGUUUAUCCGUACCGGGAAGACGGGUGACUGGAAGAACCACCUCUCGCCGGAGCUUAGUGCCAGGUUCGACAGCUGGAUCGAGAGUCAGCUGAGCGACUCCGACCUCAGAUUCGUGAUGGAGCUGGACAAACAGGACUAGAGGGGCAGCGGUCAGAUCUCUGCAGUGUGGACUGUUUUUGAGUAAUUCCAGCAUACGUUGGACCGAUCUGAUCUGGUCUGACCCUCUCUGACCUGACCAAACAGUCUUCCUUUCCGAUCUAACGUGUUUUGUUCCGGUUUGACAUGUCUAAACUCGAUGUGACCUAUACUGACCCUGUUUGACCUGCCGUGACCCGCCACACGCCUCCGUUUUUAUCUCGUUACCAUUCCGUGCCGUCAAAUUUUUCUUCGUAAUCCCUCGGUCAAUCCAGUGUUAUGAAAGUGGCCGCCAGUAAACGUUUGGUAUAACUUCCGUUCUUAUGCAUUGUCAGAAGCGUUGAUAUCGUUUUUUAUAUUUGAUGAUGUUGCCUGCCGCUCUGCAGCUAUUUUUGUUUUUGUAUAUAUGUUUUAGAUUAAUCAGUAGGAAAAGUAACUUAUGUAAGAUGCCGUAUACGUAAUUGAAUGAUUGUGAGCUGCCUAGUGUGACAAAAGUUAUUUAGGUUACCGGUUUGAGUGAGGCUUUCACAUUUUUACUCGCAUAUUUAUGCAUUAGUUUUGUCUGUGUUGUAUGAAGGUAGGCUAAUAAAAGUACAAUACCGCUCAUGUAGUUAGGUUGUCUAAUGCGUGGCCAGGG